GGAAAUCCAUUCUUUAAAAUUUAUGCUGAGGUAUUAAUAGUUCGUUAAUUGAAGUCCAUUUGCUCCUCUAAGCCUCUCAUAUCUAAAUCUAUCGUCCGUCCAAACUGUCAUGGCAACCUCUUUUCCCACAAUCGUCUUGGUACAUGGCGCUUGGCAUACCCCUGCCAAUUACAAAGGCUACGUUAGUGCGUUGGAAGCACAAGGAUUCAAGGUCCUCUGUCCACAACUACCUUCAUGCAACGACAAAUUCCCUCCUGUCUCUUCAUUCACAGAAGACUUCACUGCCGUCCGCAAUGUUGGAACCUCACUAGUCGAAGCCGAUGAGCGAGUUUUCAUGACCAUGCAUUCCUAUGGCGGAGCAGUCGGUACCGACGCCAUCGAAGGUCUAAUAUUUGCCGACCGCAAAGCUGAAGGAAAAUCGGGAGGAGUUAUCCAUCUCUUUUACAUGUGUGCCUAAAUUCUCGUUCCUGGAACGUCGGUCUGGGAGAUCAUUCAAGAAGUAGGCUUCGCCCAUCUCUGGCCUCAGUUCAUCCAGAAUUUCGAUGAUGGGUCUACAUCCCCCUCCAAUCCAUCUCUUUUAUUUCUGCGCGGUGUAGAGCAGGAUAUCGUCGACAAAGAACUGCCAAAUCUUGUGAGGUCUUCGAUGCCGGCUUUCGAGACGAAGACAAAGGGGGAUGCAUGGAGGAGAGUUCCUGUUACGUAUAUUUUGACGCAGCAGGAUUAUUCGGUGCCAAGACCGUACCAAGAUCUUAUGCUUGAGAAGGUGAAGAGUGAGGGGGUAGUGCUUAAGACGGAGGAUUAUGAGACAUUUUAUAGUGUCUUUAUUACGAAGGAGAAGGAAAUAGUGGAUGCUGUGGUGGUGGCAGCGGGCGAUGAGAGGAAUUUGGGAUAGUCUGCUUCACGGAACAUGAAAAGUAUGACGUAAUUGGCCUGUCAAUGUAUACUGGAUGAUUUACACGAUUUUCACAAAUAUUUUUUGCUAUCACUUUCAGAGAACUCUCAGACUCUGUCGAAGCUUUCCCCGUUUUCUAAUUCUCACGUGAACUGCCUACUGUUUUGGUUCUUAUCGUGUUUUCCAUCAAUUCUGCACAAUCAAGUGAUUAGUUGCAAUGGGUUCUAAGGGUUGUUUACCAAAAGGAAAGACCCCAACAUGAUUCAUUGAUGUCUCUCUUAAUAGCUGGGUGCCGACUAGCAAUAUACAUGGCGUUCUUUGGGACAAAAAGAGACAAAAUUCAACUUUUUAACAUCAAUUGCUAGUUUUAGAUAUAUAAAAAAUCGGUAAUUUUAAGUACAGACCACUGGUUUCAACUAAAUAUCGCAUGAUUGUAUAAUCUAAAUAACAGACAUUCA